AUGGCGCGGCGUGAAGGACUCUUCCCAACGGGUUCUAUAGGACGUUCCGGGAUUCCGGUGCCCCGUACGGGCUCUUUCGAGGGCCUUACCGCUCACCCCCUCCUUUCACCGUCUCCAACGUCUUCAAACUUCUCGUCAGCGGCGCCUCCAGCAUCCGGUAGUUCUUCAUCCGCAUUGGGAGACCCAGCACCAGCUGUACCACCGAAGUACGUUCCGUAUACUCCCCGACAGCGCGGUGCCCCUCUUCCUGCUACCACCACACCCGCAACUGGGACUACUUCGCAGCCUACGCACCCCGAUCGCGAUGCGGCCAACCGUCUUCAGCUCAUGAACCUGAAGGCUGCGGCACAAAAGGCAGGUCUGGAUGCAGCGAGCACGGGCUGGAUGAUACUGGAGCGGUUCGCGCUGGAGGUGGAUCGUGCAGCGGAGUGGAAUGAUCUUUGGAAUGCGGUUACGGACGGCAAGGCCACACUUCUUUUGCCCAAAGAUCCGCAUCCUUCGAACGUUUCCGUUACCCCUGAAUUCAUCAAAGAUCACAUUGCUUUCUGCGAUGCUGGAGCGGGUUCUAGAGUCACCAGCGUGAUCACUCUGUCCGGACUGAGAGGGUCUAUCACCGAUAACGUACUGACGAUCCGAUCGACCCUGCCUCCCUCAUCGAAGCCCUUCCAAGCCCUCCUCUCGCCCGCGACACGCGCCUCCGCAUUCACCUCGCUCGCGCCGCUUCCCAAACCGCUCUCACCGCCCCCGCACGACCCCGCAGACGCACACCCUCGACGCAACUCAAAGAGCGCCCCGUCCUACCCCGCAUUCCCAGUACACGCGCACGCGUCGAGCCUCCCACUCCCCCCGCGCCCCGCGUCCCUCGCGAAAGGGCCGCCGCUGCCCCCACGGCCCACGGCGCGCCCCGCGCCCCUCGCCACCCCGUCCCCCGCCGCCGUCGGCCCGCGGCUCUCGAACCCGUUCGCGUCGCUCUUCGGGCGCGCGACGCCCGCGCCCGCGAGCCCCCCCGCGAGCCCGACCGCGGCGGCGGCGGCGCUGCCCCCAGCGGAGUCUCCCUCCGCUCCGCCCGCGACGGCGUCCGCGCCGGGCCCGGCGGAGCACGCGGCGCCGCUGAGCGUGCCGGCGUACGUGCUCGCGGGGCGCGUGCAGCGCGCGCAGGUGCUCCGCGAGAUCUCGGGCGCGCUCCGCGGGGAGGUGGAGGCCGCGCUCGCGGCGGCGGACGUGCCGGCGUUCGCGCGGGAGCGGGUGCUCGAGCGGACGUGGUGGAUGGCCCCGGUUGCGUAUGGGAGCGCGGGGGCUGCGCCUGCUGCUGCCGCUGUUACUUCGGGGACGCGUCGCGUGUCUGGACAUGGACGUGGCGCGGGCGGGUCGGACGGAUCGGCGUGGGAGAUGGCGGUGGAUCUGUUGGAUGCGGUCGACGGCGGAGGGAUCGACGAGGUCGCGAGGAGGGUGCAGGAGUUUAUGUAUGACUUGGAGGAGGAGCUGGAGAAGGGAUAUGACGAAGAGCAGGCAAGGGAGAAGGAGAAAGGGAGGAUGUGGACCCGUCGGGGGCAGCGCGGGAGCGGGAGCGAAGGAGAACCUGAGGGCGAGAAGGAGUCGCUACAUGAGACGGAGGAGCAGGUCUCGAAGCACGACGACGAUGAAGACACGCCGAAGUCGAGAUGGGUGAACAGCAUAAUGGAGGCCGUGGAGAAAACCGUAUGUUCAUUGUUUUAUGACAGGCUCUUCUUGCCCCGAGGGACAGAUGACGGGUCCCACGAUGAGGCUCUGUCUAGUCGCAUCGCUGCAGUUAAUCUCUUGGACCUCGGCCUGGCUCACCUCGGCGUCGAGGUGGGUUUGGCCGGAAGAGAGGUCGAUUCCUUGAUCAAGGCCUGUGGCAAGACUCUGAUGCAACUGGAUGCUGCCUGUCGUUCACCCGCUGACAAAGCGGCUACGCUGGUAGCAGUACACAAGAUUCUCGUCGAGGGAUUGUCCAGGCUGCCACCUUUGCGGCUCAAGUCCGAGGAUGAGAUUUUGGAUGACAAGACCCCAAUGGCCAGUUCAUUUGGCCAGGACGUCCACCCCGAAGACGAGGAUCUAGAAGCCGACCGCGCGGUGUCUCCCCCUCCGGCAGUCGUCGUCUCGCCCAUCGAGGAGUCCGACCGGCCUCUCGAGCCAGCCGCAGAGAACGCCUCGCUGCUCAGCGACGACUCCGCGCGCUCUGCGUCCCCUAUCCUCACUGUCUCGCCUCCUCCGGAAACGCCCUCGACGGCCUCAGCGCCGACUCCUGUGUCCGGCGAUAUCAUCCUCCCGCUGAUGAUAUUCGCAGUCGUGAAGGCGAACCCGCCACACUUAGUGUCGCACCUCCUUUACACGCAGCGCUUCCGGCGAGAAAAGGCUGCCGGAGGGGAAGAAGGCUAUUGUCUCAUCAACCUCAUGGCCGUCGCGGAAUUCUUGGAGAACGUCGACCUCGCUGCCCUCGGGCUCGGAGAUAGUGAGAAGAUGGUGAUCAGCACCGCGGAGCUCACUCCCAUCCCCUUCUCGCGCCCCGGCUCGGACGGCGGCUCCCCCCGGGUCUCAGCCUCGAGCCUGCGCGGGCGCGUCGAGCAGCAAGUCGACGCGCUCGCCGGGUCCGCGAACAAGGUGCUCACCGGCGUCGUCGACACCUCCUUCGGCGUCCUCCGCGCGCUCCUCCCCGGCCAGACGCUCACCGUCCCCGGGGCCGCCCCCGCACCGCACCUAGAGGGCGUCGCGACCCCGCCGAUCGACGGCACGCAGGGCGCCGCGCCGUGGAACGCGCCGCAGCCGCGGUUCGGGCUCCUCCGGCGCGACACGGGCUUCUCGAUCGCGAGCAUCGCGGCGUCGCUGCCCGGGCGCGCGAAGACGCCCGCGCCGGGCGAGGAGGGCCAGCAGAUGGUCGACGUGCCCAGCCGGCCGGGGUCGAGCCGGUCGAUGGGGCCAGGCGGGGAAGAGGAGGAGGAUGAGGAGAGCGAGGACGGGGAGGAGGACGACGACGACGACGAAUACGAGGAGGAGGACGGGCACGACGCGCGGAGCAUCCGGAGCUUCGAGAGCAUGAUGAGCCGGCGGAGCCGGCAGGCGAGGCGGCGCAAGUCGACGGGGGCCGCCUCUGGGACGGGUGCGAGCGGGAGGAAGAGCCUCGCGGACCGGCUGGCGAGCGUGCCGGGGCUUGGGAGGCUGUCGCACGGCGCCCAGGGCGAGAGCUGUGCGAAGGCGUCCCCUCCGACGUCGCGGCCCACUUCGCUGCUCGUGCCCUCGUACGCGGCGCCGAAGGUUAUCGAGUCGCCCAUUCAGUCGCGCUCACAGUCUCCAAUCUCCAUUCGUAUUGCGCCGCCGAACAGCCGAUUCAUGACGUGUGCGGAGGAUGACCUGAGGGUGUCUGAGGUGGGCGAGCUCCUCAGGGAGUAUAGAAGGCUGGUUGAGACGGUGCGUGCGAUGGGUGGGUUUGGUGAGUAG